AUCCUAAUGAUGAUGGGUUUGUUCUCAUUUUUGGAAGUGGAAUAGAUUCUAAUUGUAAGACGCCUUGUCGUGUGAUUAUUAAUUUUAAUCAAUCGAUAGAUUUUGAUUUUGGAAGACACUUGAAAUUGAAUAGAGAGUAUGAACCUAAAAAUAACAUUUUAAUUAAUUUUGAUGAUACGAAUAUUACUGCUGAAGAAAUUGAAAUAUUCGAAAUUAAAAUCAAAGAUUAA